AUGCCGCCGUACUCCUACAGACCGCCCCCCUCGGGACGACAGUACUAUCCUUACGAGGCGCCGCCUCCGCCCCCGAACUCCGCCUUUCACUACAACGACUGGCACACGGCCUUGCCCCUGCCGAACGACUUUUACGUCCAUGCCUGCAUGACGUCUCCUGCCGCCGGCUUCUACAGCGGAAGAUCGCCCGGACGCUCGCCAUCCCCGGACGAGGAACCGACGACCUCACAGCCGGCCCGGGAGGAACCCAAGCGGUCGGGCAAAGGCAAGGGCGCCGCCCAGGGCACCGAGGGCGUCCGCAAGGAGGGAGGGGCCAGCAAGGGCGAAGACAAGAGCACCGGCAAGGAGAUCGUCAAAGCCACUCCACUCCGCGCCGACGCCAAGACCGCUCAGCGCCGCGAGCAGUGGCUGGUUGAGAUCCGGCUCCUGAUCUCGCAGAUCCGAGUCCAGCUCAGCACGGCUUACUUCGUCCAUAAAGAGUCUUUGGACGCUUUUAAUCAACACAUCACCGAGGAGCUGAAGGAGUUCGCGGACGACCAGACGCUGAUCAAGCUGUGGGUCGACAAGUUGCGGUCGACCGCCAAAAAGUACGAUGGCAAGAGGGCCCGGGAGAAGCCGGCGAAUUUCGAUACCGUGACAGCGCAGGUCCGCCUCUGCCUGAAGCAUCUCAAGAGUGCGAGCGAGAAGAAGGUGCCUGCCGUCCCUGGCUCCGAGGCCAAGGACGUUGUCAUCGACAGCCAGACCCGAGUCGUCGUCAUGGCCGUCGAAGAAGCGUUGAGCUGGGCCGAGACCGCCGGUUCUAGUCACCAUGCUUGCGAGGAGGCUGUGGAGCACCUCGACAGGGCAUACAAUUUCACGGAUACUGACGGGAACUUGUGGAGGGCGCUGCUGGACAUUCCUGCGGCAUCGCAUUCCACUUCGACGGGCGACACACACAGCUGA